CGCAGGGCCAUACGGAUUGCACAAAUCUGGAUAUUAACUUCUAGGUGGAGCAUUAAAACAACUGAAACAGAUACCCUCAUUCUCCACUUGACAAGGUCAUGGAAGAUCUAGACGAAACAUUAUUUGAAGAAUUUGAGAACUACUCCUAUACCCUGGAAUAUUACUCCUCAGAGUCUGAUUUGGAGGAGAAAGCCCACCUGGGAGUUGUUCACUGGAUCUCCCUGGUGUUAUACUGUGUAGCAUUCAUUUUGGGUAUCCCAGGAAAUGCCACUGUCAUUUGGUUCACGGGGUUCAAGUGGAAGAAGACAGUCACCGCUCUCUGGUUCCUCAAUCUGGCUAUUGCGGAUUUCAUUUUUCUUCUCUUCCUACCUCUGUACAUCUCCUACGUGGCCAUGAAUUUCCACUGGCCCUUUGGCAUCUUGUUGUGCAAGGCCAAUUCCUUCAUUGCCCAGCUGAACAUGUUUGCUAGUGUUUUUUUCCUGACGGUGAUUAGUCUGGACCGCUAUAUCCACUUGGUCCAUCCUGUCGUAUCUCAUCGGCACCGAACCCUAAAGAACUCCCUGAUAGUUAUUACAUCCGUUUGGUUUUUGGCUUCUCUAAUGGGUGGUCCUGCCCUAUACUUCCGGGACACUCUGGAGUUCAAUAACCACACUCUCUGCUAUAACAAUUUCCACGAGUAUGAUCCUGACCUUACUUUCGUGAGGCACCAUGUUCUGACCUGGGUGAAAUUUAUUGUUGGGUACCUCUUCCCCUUGCUAGCAAUGAGCAUUUGCUACUUGUGUCUCAUAUUCAAGGUGAAGAAGCGAAGCAUCCUGGUCUCCAGUAAGCAUUUCUGGACCAUCCUCGCUGUGGUCAUGGCCUUUUUGAUUUGUUGGACUCCUUAUCAUCUGUUUAGCAUUUGGGAGCUUACAAUCCACCACAGUAGCUAUUUCCACCAUGUGCUUCAGGCCGGCAUCCCCCUCUCCACUGGCUUGGCAUUCCUCAAUAGUUGUUUGAACCCCAUCCUCUACGUCCUGAUUAGUAAGAAGUUCCAAACGCGCUUUCGGGCCUCGGUUGCUGAGAUACUAAAGCACACGCUGUGGGAAGUCAGCUGUUCUGGCACGGUGAGCGAACAGCUCAGGAACUCUGAGACCAAGAACCUGUGUCUCCUGGAAACAGCUCAGUGAGUUAUCACUCUUCCACAAAUCAGUACAAAGCUUUUAUGUGGGUCCCCUGACAAAUGCUUUCAGGUUAUUUGGUUCCAAGGUACAGAACUAACCGUAUCUUUUUGUUGUUAUUUUUAGUCAAUUUAUUGGCAUUACAUUUUUGUGUGGGUAUAAACCUUAGGAAAGAUCUUCAUUUUUUUUCCCCCCUGCAACUUAAAUUAUCUGUCAUUUUUGUUAAUUAUACCAUAUUGGAUUACUCACCACUGGUGACACAGUAUCAGCUAUUUUUUUAAAUCUUAGUAAUUUGGAAGUCCUAAAUCUUAAUAUUAAAUAUAUGAUUAACUCAUUUCAAAAGUGUUAAAAUAUGUGCUUAAGCUCACUUCAGUUUUGCACAAGGAACCUAUGAGACGUGUCUUAAAAAUGCAGCAUGUACUUAAUUUCUUCAUUUCAUGAAAUCUAUGUAUAUACAUUUAUAAAUUAAAGUAAUGGUUAUAGUAGCUUAACACAUUGUGAACUAUUAAUGCUUAGUGAAGCGUCCCAAAAUCUAGUUGCUUAAAAUCACAAUUUAUUACUAUUAUAUCUCAUAAAUCUGAGUCCGAAAUUCAAAUAAGGCACAGAGAGAUGGUUCAUCUCUCCACUUCACAAGGUCUGGAGCUUUAGCUGGACCGGGAUGACCCCAGUGGCCGAGGUUGGGAACAGCUUGUCUCCUCUGCCCUACGGUCUGUUCUUCCCUUCUUCUCUUCUCUUUUUUCUUCACAGCUUUUCCAGCAUGGUACCUCGGGGUAGUCAGACUCCUUAUAUGGCACAGUUUAGGGCCCUAAGAAGCCAAGGUGGACAUCUCUAGGCCUCUUAAAGGCUAUGUCCGACCCCUGAUGUAGUACCACAUCCACUGUACUCUCUCGGUCCAAGUAGCCACCAGGUCAGUUCAGGUUCAAGGGGAGGUGACCCCACCUGUCAAUGGGGAUAUGCUCCUAUCCUUAAUCCCUCAUGGUAUCAGUAUAAUUAACAUUUUUGGAAAACUCUGGGUAUGUGCAAGUAUGCGUGACAUUGCUGUAAACGUAAAACCCUGACAUCUAGAUAGUAGGUAGGCCAGCCCAAUCUCAGAAAGAUUUCAGAAAAAGAAAGCAUGUGUGACAUAGUGAUAUAUUUCUACCUUCUAUUCCUAUAACUGUAUUGAUGUAGGCACCAGUACAAGACCAAUGAAGUAUACCUUUACGUCAGUGAGUGACCUCUUCAUGGUGCAAAUCUGUUGCAUUUUAGACUGUAAUGGUAUUUUGCCUUCUAUCCAUUUAUUCCUUUAGCAAACAGAUGAGUGUCUAAGGGGUAUACAGAGGCAUGUGGCACUUAACAGUUUAGAAAGUCUAGAGAUCAAACCUGCAUGAAAACAAUGCUAGAACAAGGUAGACAGUAAUAAGUGCCAGAAGCAAGCCAAGAAAAGUGUAGAUUGUUCAGAGAGGAAAGAGCACCCAGUAUAGAAGUGAACAAACAUUGGGGUUGCUUGAUUUUGGGGUUUCCUAAGGAUCCUGUUCCUGUCCCUUGGUAUCCCCUGUCCCUUCCUGUCCUUGUUCCAGCUGGUAUCCUUGUCUUUUAUGAAUACAAACUCUGCUACUCACUGCAAUUUUUAAAAGCAUUUAACUUUCCAUAAUUUCCGGAUUUUAUUUUGAAAAUUGGGAGGAGAUGUAUUAUUUCUUGAGUCAGUAUCCUUUUUUAUUUCAUCUCUCAGCUUUUGGAAAUGCUAGUCUCAGAUCUUUAUUGGCUCUGUUCUUUACUGUUGGCCCAAACAACAGUCAGAUCUGGAUUUGGAAAUUAUUCCCCCAAAAUGUGUGGCAUAGCUCAGCAUAUCCCAACCUGUCACUCCCAAAUUUCAUGGUUUCUGCCCUACCCAGUAUGGAGGGAGGGUAGGAAGAAAGGUACUCAUUGUCAGUGUCUGCCCCCUCUACCACGAGGGGUUAAGAGAUUCCACUUGCCCUCAAGGGAUAGGCCUUGAUUUCCGGAUCAGGAGAAAAGCUGGAGGAUCCAAGACAAAGAGAACUCUAUAGGCUCAUCCUUAGCUUGAGCAAAUGGAGAGAUUCUCAAGGCUGUUGGAGAAAGGAAGGGUGAGAAGCAGGGAGAGGAUUAGGCAACCAAGGGCAGAAGGAAAUUAUGGAGCAGGAGAUGUUACUACCUGGUAAGCAGGAGCUUACCAAGGGCCUAUAAAAAUAUUUGAGAUCUUUGGGUGCCUGGGCGGCUCAGUUGG